AUGGAACCUACUCAGAACCAGCUGGCACGUCCGUUACCCUCUUUGAGCAGGAAAUUCGGCACCUCCAACCCAUCGAUACAUAGUGAGCGCGUCUCCCUGAUGUAUAUGCAUCAGUGGAAUUCAUUCGCUCAAGAUGCCUUCGACCGUUUUCAACGAGAAAACCUAGUGCAUCAGGUCGCUAUCCAUGAUGAAAAUGAGUUAUACACAGUUGGAAACGAAUUAGGCCUUACUGGCAGGUUUGUGCGAAACCUAUGCGACCCAGUAAUGAGGGCACUAGAGCCACUGUCCAGCAUGUCGUCUAUGAGAUUUGCGGACCUCCAAGCUAUCACUUACGACGCAACAAGUAUUGUUCCAGAUGUUUCUUUGGGACUUGUUAACACCCAGUGUACACCUGAUAAUGUUUAUCUAGUCGGUGAACUAAAGACGCCAUGGACAUUUCCUGAGGCACAUAUGAGACUAGGCCGGCCGAGUACCUCUCACCAUCUUGAGCCGUUGAUUGUCUUUGUCAAAAGGACUGCCGACGACUGCUUUCUACUUUCUGAGCCUAUCAGAUAUGAUGCCGCCCAACCCUCGUUGCGACAACUGUUUACAGGGUUUUGUCUGAUGGCCUUGUCAGAGCCGCGGUACCAUGAGAGCCCAUCUUUUUCUGCCACAAGCCUCAGAGGCCCUCCUCCACCACAUAUCUCAGAUCGUCUCUGCGGAGAUGAGCCUCACCCACCUCAACCGCCAUCUGCACCAACCGCACAAGCAAUCACUUCAACUAGUGUCGUACUCGACUAUGGUCAAGGCACACCUAUGAUCGUCAAUUGUGUUCAACAGCUAUCAAAUCCAAACGUAGACGCCAAGGCGGUUUGGCUGGCCGACCUGGACGGUAGGUCUGUUAUUAUCAAAUGCUGGAGAUUUGAACUUGAGGAGUUGUUUGAUUCGGAAGCAGCGGUUUACGAGAGGAUUUGGACACAACAACCGUCCGGGACUCAUAUGUUCGCCAAAUGGAUAUCUCGAGGCAAGAUCAUCUGUUCGAGUGUUUUCACAUCCGGCUACGCAAUCGUUCUUGAGUAUAGGGACGGUGCACGUCUCUCUACUAUCUGGCAUAUCCUAAACGAACUUGAACGUACACACAUUAAGACCCAGUCCCUCAACGGCAUCAAUGCCCUUCGGCAAGUCGCAGUACGACUCAGUGAUCCGGGAAUGCAUAACAUGCUUUAUGACAGACAGAGGCGAACAGUCACUUUACUUGACUUUGAGGUUGCGGUGGAAAUUCAACCUAACACUUCUAUCCCCACUUAUCACGAAAUGGGGGCAAUAUUCGGGCCAACCACUAUGCUAUGGCAUGACGGCCGGGCCUUUCCGAUUUUCCAGUCCGAAAGAAGCAGCUCUUGGGCAAAACCAACAACCUCCCUCAAUUACAACCCCCUUCCGCUUUUCCACCCCCACACAAGACCUCCGGUCAUCAUUCAAUUGAUCUCUGUCGCAAUGGGUCUCUCCGACUUUUUCUCUGACGUUGUCUCCUCCUUCGGUUUCACCGAGGCCCAGGCUGAGGCUCCCGUUCAAGACACCGAGACCGAGACCACCACCCAGGAAGAGCCCGCCGAGAAGGAGGAGUCCGCUUCCACCGAGUCCACUGAGACUGAGUCCGCCGAGGAGACCCCCGCUGAGGAGGAAUCUUCUGAGGAGGCUCCCGAGGAAGAGGAGGCUGAGGCCGAGGAGGAGGAAGAGGAAGAGGAAGAGGAAGAGGAGGUUGAAGACAUCAAGCCCAAGCUUGAGGAUGAGUGCGCCCACUCCGCCGUCUGCGCUCCCUACAAGCACCACUACGAUGAGUGCGUUGAGCGCGUCACCCGCCAGGAGGAGGAUGAGGAUUACAAGGGCCCCAAGGAGGACUGCGUCGAGGAGUUCUUCCACCUCACUCACUGCGUGACCGCCUGCGCUGCCCCCAAGCUCUGGAGGGAGCUGAAGUAA